CGCGACAUCAACAUUUCUCGCGACAACGAACUCUGGAGCCGCCAGUGGUGACAGCGCCUGGUCUCAAACACGCUCAAAAGAGUGUCAAACAUAUGAUCUAACCUACAUGUCUCUUCGCAAAGUUUUUCGAUCGGAGAAAAAAGAUGGCCAUGGCACAAUUACCCUCAUCACCACUGUCUUCCCCUCCAGCAACACAAACCUCCCACAAACACCGUCCUAGCACAACUUUGGGGCGGCAUUACCGACCAUCAACAGUUCUUCCCUUCGAACUCGCCCAGCAUGUUCAAACGUACUACGAGGAGCAAUUAUUCACCCAAGCCUACGCCUUCCUACUUUCCAUUGUCGGCAAUAGCGCGUCCUAUUCCGACCCUCUCGCUCCCGUCACCAUCCCAUCAGCACCACACCUCGCCGUGGCCGCCACCAUCUCCAUCCACCCAGUCUUUACCACUCGCACGCAUUCCCGCGAGAAAUGGGAACAGGCUAACGCCGCGCUGCGCCUGCUACGGCUCGUGCACACUCUAGUCGGACCCCUGAACGCCGACUUUACCACUGCGUUCACCUUUCGCAAGUACGACUUCAAUUUCCGCUCGUCUCGCCAUUCCACUGCCGCUGUCCACUUCGACGACGACGAGGACUACCAAUCCGACAACCUGUCCCUCGCAUCCACGGAUCUGAACACCCCCUACGCGGCCCUCCAAUCCAUCUUUACCCGCGCCGAAGAUUUCUGGCACCUGGUCGGCUGGUCUUUUAACUGUGCCUGCCAGCCUCUCUCAUCCAUCCACACCGCGCGGUGGCAUCAUUACCGCCUCCUCCUGACGUUCCUUCUCGAGGUCCUCGAAGCAGACUGGGCUCUCUGGACCAGUGAAUCCGGCUCGUACUCGACGAGCCCCGAGGAAAGCCUGCUCUGGUCCUACAUCGAACUCGCAAGCGGCGGUCACGCACGCGCACGUCGUAUGCUCCGUGCCAUCUUCGCCGACGGAAGCACCCGGUCAACAGCCGAGUUCCAGCCCGUCUUCGCGCACGAGCUCAGAGAGCCGCCCAGCCAGACCCAAACCACGAACAAACGCCAGGUUGAUGUAAACAUCGAUGCAGAUAUCUACGGCGACUAUCUCAUGCAAGAUGAAUCUGAUCUCUCCGACGGCGACGGCGACGGCGCAAGCACAGCCACUGGCGCAAGUGGACGACCGGCGAAGAGGUUAAGAACGAGGACGCGCACGCCGAGUUCGCGCGUCACCCCGCGCAGCAGUAACGGCAGUUUGCGGAGCGAACACCACGAGGGCGACGAUGGGGUACCAAGUUCUUCUGUAGCUGCGCUAGGCGACCCUGCGUGUAUUGCUUUGAGGUUGAGACUAAUGCGAUUGCUGACGUACGUCUCAUCGCAUCCAACACUCACCGCGACGAGUCCGACGACGUUCCCGGAUAUGGAGGAAUUAAUCACGCUGUUUGUUGAAUUUAUCAAGCCGUUGCCCUUCCCUACGUUCUCGGCGAUCAUCUCCACGGCUUCACUCCCGUCCGCCGCGGCAGCAAGUCUGCACAGCCCAUCAGAUCGAGUUCCUUCAGUGCAGAGCCAAGUCUUUGAUCCGCAGACGCAAAGCCUCCUAUGCGAGUCGCUGCUACAGCGUAUCUUGGAGAACUCGGCACCGGCGAUCAGGAGCAAUGUGCUCCUUUCACAAGCGAAGUUGGAAGAGGAAUACUUACCCUUCGCGGCGGGGAAGAACAGCGCCGAUGCCAAUGCGAGGGUCUCGCUGCUAUUGGAAGCCCUGACGAGGUGUCUCGCCCAGCUUCGUGUCUUGAAGAGGACGGAGACGCUGAGAAGUGCGCUGAACAGGGGGAUAGAGAAAAGGACGAGCAAAGUGGGUGAUGCGAAGAAGGCGAAGAAGGGAGGGACCGGAGACGGAGAAGCGUGGUACUGGUUGGUUGAGAGCGGUGAGAGGAUGCAGAGAAUUGUGGAUGGCCUCGAGACGGCGUAGGAUGCAAAAAUGUCGGACUAGGUUUCUCUGGAGCCAGGGGUAUGAACAUGUAGACCGUUGACAGAAUGAUAAUAGGUCAAAGUGCACG